AUGGUCUUUGCUCUCAGUGCCGUUACACGAUACCGUAAAGGAGAGAGUAAGGAACAUCCGUACGGUUAUUACCUUGCGGCUCAGACACAUAUUGGGGGUUUCCCACUCAUAGGCACUUUGGACACCAUUCAGAAUCUUCUUCUGGUCACGCGGUUUGGCAUGUACCACCAUGUUGGUACAUCCCUUUGGGAAAUAUCACGCUUCUGCAUGCGGCAGUGCAUCGAACAGAGUCUACAUGCUCGACCUAUACGUCCAUUGGGGUUGCUCGAGGAACAGCACCAACGCCGUGUUUUCUGGGAGUGCUACAUCCUGGAUCGUUACAGCUCUGGCGUUUUAGGUCGACCAUUCGCUAUAGCCGACAAGGAUAUCACUAUAGAACUUCCCAUCGACGCAGCCGACGGAACGAUUACGCAAUCUACGGGAGCAAAUUCAUUAGCAAGCAUCGACAUUCGCACUGGAUCCCACCCAACUGAGCUUUCUGUAUUCAUCUUUCAUAUCAAAUUGCGCAAAGUCACCUCGCGCAUUCACUCGGAGUUCUACGCCCGUCGCAGCAUACCCAGCAGCAGUGGAGCGGCAACCCCUAUACCACACCGGUCCUCAUCAGGUCACAUCUACGUCAAGUUGUAUCAGUUCCUAAACGAACUCGACUUGUGGCGGCAAGACGCUCCAGUCUUUGAUUCACCUCAGUCCCUAUAUGAGCGAGUAGAGUGGUAUGACUUCCUGCUCGAGAAGGAGAAGCUCCUGUUGAUACGAGGCGCUAUCCACAUAGCGCCGAGACGAAAUGGCCAGCCACCAGACGAUCUACUCGUCAUGUGUCUAGACAGUGCGACACAGAUAAUCGAGUUGUACAACCGUAUGAUGCAGAUCAAAUGUAUCACCUGGACUCGUAACUAUUUCCAAGUCAUAUUCACCGCUGGUCUGUCCAUCAUAUAUUGCGUCUCAGUGGGCGUCCACAACGAGCGGAGCCGAACUGGCUACAUGCACCAGCCUGUCAUAACACUUGCCUUGUGCAGUAAUAUCUUGCGAGGUUUUAGACAGGAGAUGCCUGACGCAGGCAGAUUCGCCAUUGUGUUCGAAAUUCUGAAGGACAACCUUCUCAAGGACACCAACAUUAUCUCAACGUUGAAUACUGACCAACCUGAUGGAGGUACAGUCUCCCAUCAACAUGUUUCGCAAGGUCAUGAGCUCUACGAGAUCAAUUUGCAAAAUAGACUGCCAGACUCAAAUCAUCUAGCGGCGGCCCUUGUCGAAAUGGACCAUUCGAGACAGAACAUGAUGGAUACUCUCGCUCCGCCCCAGACUCAGACAGAAAUAAGAUCACCACUCUCACAAAUACCCGAUGACAACGGUGCGCUAUCAAAUUUUGGAUACAUCAACAUGGACUUGCAUCAAGACGAGAUUAUGGAUUGGCCCACACUUACCGAUGAGAUGAUGGAACAGCUAGAAGCCGGACUUGGAGAGUAUGCUUGGGGCUCCAUGGAUACUGACUUUCACACCUGGGAUUUUUAA